ACUGUAUCUAAGCACCGGGGCUUGGUCUUGAAGUUUUCAGUUGCAUCUGUAGAUGAAUCAAAACAGCACCAAGAUGUCGGGACGAUCCGGGCGCGCUGAGACUCGCAGUCGGGCUAAAGAUGACAUUAAGAAGGUCCUGGCGGCUAUCGAGAAAGUGCGCAAAUGGGAGAAGAAAUGGGUGACAGUUGGAGACACAUCUUUACGCAUAUUCAAGUGGGUUCCUGUGACAGAAACAAAACAGAUCUUCCGCACCAAAUCGACUGGUGGAAAUGCCAGUGGGUUAAAAGACGUGGUCCUGGAGAACACCAAUUCUUUGCUGGAUUAUACUGAUGAAAACAGCAAUCAGAGCUUUCUGUCUGAUGUUUACCAUCCAAAGAUGGACAAUAGCAGCAGCAACUCCAGCUCACAGCAGGUCAGCCCUCCACACAACUCCAGUCUCAGAACUGAAGACUCUCAGCCACCGAUGCUCGGCCAGGAAAUUGUGGAUGGACCAGUUCACUCUGGACAAGAAGGGGCAGAUGAACCUCCCACUCUGGUGAAAGAGGACCUUCUUUCUUCAGCAAGUGGGAGACGCAACACUCAGGACCCUCAGGAAGAACAAGACGAGACAGGAGCACCCCCUUUGAAGAAAAUAUGUACAGGAGAAAAUUCUGUUCUGAGAUAGUUUUAAAACUUCUGUUGUGAAUCGGUGUAAAGGUUAUUUGAAACAAGUGCAGAUUAUAAAAUGAAGAUUCUGCAGCUCAUAUAUAAUUAUGCAACUGACUUGACUGAUUUAGCCAUGGAAACCAUUGCCUGCCUGCUGGGUUUUAUUUUGUGUUUUUCAAAUGUAAGUUCUGUUGAGGAAAAAAACAACGGUGUUAUUUGUCACAAUAGCCAAGAGUCUUAUUCUUCUGUUUAAAGCACUUAAUCUCAUCAUUUGUGCACUAUAACUAUACUAUUUAAAACUUAAAAUAUUUAAAAGCUAAAUGGUCUAACAAAUUGUGGUUAUGAUCGAAAUAUAUGUAAAUGCUAUUUGCUCAUGGCUUGCAAGACAAAACAAUAAAACAGUGCAUUUGUUUGUUUGUUUUUGUUUGUUUGUUUAACCUUUCUGGACCACAGUGAUUGUUGACUUUUCCUUUUUGCAAUUUGGAAUAGGAAUUACCUAAAAGGGAUAAUAACCAUAAUAAUUAAACUUUGUCUUGUAAGGAAAGAUUGCCUUUGUUUGUGGCCUAUUGUUAUUAACAACGCUGUUAUUAUUAAUAAUGCUAGUAUACAUAUGUCUGGUUUCCAUCUCAUAUAACUCAUUAUUGCCCUUAUUCCAUGUACCCUAGAUUCAUUCUCAAAAUCUAAAUAGAUUUUUCCAUCCUGCUAUUUGUUCUUUCAGGAGUUGUUGUGACAAGUCUUGUGUAUUUGCGUCUGCUAGCUUUCCCUCCAUCUUUUUUCUCACUGAAUUGGCUGUAAAUGUUGUAUCUCUACAAGAUUGCGUGUGCACUGUCCCCGAAUGUGGCUUAGUAGAACAACAUUAAAAAAACAGUACCAUUGUACAAAGGCAAAAAUGUGGCUGGGGCCCAAUGCACUUUUUGAACGCUGCCAUGUUUUCUUAAUUUGUCGCCUUAGGAAAAAAAACUUGCUGUGGUUACAUAAACUUUAUAUGCAACAAUAAAGGACUGGU